AUGAGUGAAUCUAAUACGCCUAACAAGACAUCGUAUGCGAUUGGAAUUGAUCUUGGAACGACGUUUUCGUGUGUGGGGUCGAUGUUCAAUGGGAAUAUUGAGAUAAUUACGAAUGCAGAUGGGGAGAGGACGACGCCGUCUGUGGUGUGUUUUGACGAGAACAACAAUGUGGUUGUUGGAACGGCAGCGAAGAAUAUGUUUGGGAGCGAUAUGUCGUCUGUGGUUUUUGAUGCGAAGAGGAUGAUUGGACGAUCGUAUAAUGAUCCGAAGAUCCAGGAGUCGCUGAAGAGGUGGCCAUUUAAGGUUGUGAAGUACAAUCAUCAGGCAAGGAAGGAGGACGACUCGAAUGUUGACAGCAACGACAACAUAGCUAUCAAGGUGACGAAGGAUGGGGUUACCCACUACUAUGCGCCGAUUGAGAUCAGUGCGAGGGUACUGAUGUACCUGAAGAAGGCUGCAGAGAUGAAGCUUGGCGUGACUGUUGACUCUGCAGUGGUGACAGUGCCUGCAUACUUUGGUGAGCCGCAAAGAGAUAGCACAAAGGCUGCAGCGACGAUAGCAGGGUUUAAUCCCGACAGAGUCAGGCUGCUUGCAGAGCCUACGGCGGCGGCGCUUGCAUAUGGACAUGUGCAGACACAGAGCAAUGCAAAGUACGCUAUAAAGGAGGAUGUGCUUGUGUUUGAUCUGGGAGGAGGUACGUUUGAUGUGUCUGUGCUUGACUUUGAGUUUAACUCGGUAGAGGGGUCUCUUGGGAUAGCAAGGGCGACGGAUGGAGACACGUUCCUGGGAGGACAGGACUUUGACAAUCUGUUGAUCAACUACUGCAUUGCGGAGUUCCUGAAGAAGAAUGCAACUGUGAACGAGAAGGAUCUGAAGGAGAACUCGAUACUGAGGCUGAGGGCUGAGUGCACAAGAGUGAAGGCAGUAUUGAGUUCAUCUAUAAGCAGCUCGAUCUAUGUUCCAUGCUUCCACGCAGUAGAAGACCUGGUUAUUCCGGUUACAAGGACCAGGUUUGAGAUGCUGUGUGACGAUCUGUUCAAGAGAUGCAUGGAGAGAGUGAAGGGAUGCCUGCUACAGUACAAGGGGGUGCCACGCACUGAAUAUUCAACAGAUGGCAGUAAGCUACUGCUGAAUCAGAAUCUUGAAAGAACGCUUGAGGAGGCGAAGAACAGCAUCCGGAAGGUGAUUCUUGUGGGAGGGUCAUCGAGGAUACCGAAGAUCAAGAGCAUGCUGACGGAUUACUUUGGAGCACAGAAGGUGAUUGAGCCUGUGAAUGCAGACGAGGCAGUUGCAUAUGGAGCGGCAUACCAGGCAGCAGCAAUAUACUCUGAUGCGCUUGCAGGAGGGUCGAGCUUGCUUCUGAUUGACUGCAUUCCGCUUGAUCUGUCCAUUGAGACAGCAGGAGGAGUAUCUACGGUGUUGAUAGAGAGGAACAGCAGCAUUCCGAUUAGUAAGACAGAGACGUUUACGACAUACCAGAACAACCAGACUGCGGUUACCAUCAAUAUAUUUGAGGGAAAUCGAACGAUGUGUGCAGAUAACAAGCGAAUAGGAUCGUUCAAUCUUGAUGGGAUUAUUCCUGCACCUGCGGGAGUGCCGAAGAUUGAGGUGACGUUUGAAGUUGACCACAACGGAGUGCUUAAAGUCACGGCAAAGGAUACACAAACAGGUAAGAAUGGGUGGACAGAGGUUGCAAACACACAGAGCAGGUUGAGUGAGGAGGAAAUCAAGAGAAUGACGGAGAGUGCAAGGGAGCAUGAGAAGAUUGACGAGGAGAUCAAAGAGAAAAUAGGAAAGAAGAAUACGUUUGAGCAGACACUGCACUCUGUGAGCAGUGCAAUGGAGAAGUCCAAUAUUCCCCAGGAGCAGAAGGAAAAUGUGAUGAAUGCGGUCCGUGAUCACGAGGCAUGGCUUGCGCAGAUAAACGGAACAGACUUCUCGCUGGAAGAGCUCGAGAACAGGUCCAAUGACCUACGGACUAUGAUGGCUGAAUCCAUGAAGGGCUCUGGAAUGGAAGGAAUGGAUAUGGGCGCGGCAGCCGGAGGAUAA